UCAUCUAUCUUGAAUGCCAACAGUACUGAACCAGCAGAAUGAUGAGAUUGAGAAUGACACAACUACCAGCUGUAACUGUUAAGUCCUACCAAACUUACAACAGUUUAUACACUUCAGUCAAACAUACCUUGCAGUUUACCAAGAGUGUUCCAUUUUCAUCCUGCAGUAAUUUUCAAAAAUUGUACAACAAAGUCAAAAUCAAUGCAUCAAAUAUUUUUGCUACAGGACUAUGGAAUGGAAAUCACCAUCUUUGUAGAUUUCAAACUAAGACAACUGUCUAUGCAUAUAGAUAUUUAUCAACAUGUUCAGAAAUUCCAUUUAAAGUAAUUAAAGAGAAAGCACAUAUUGAUAAAACAUCAGAGGAAUUUUCCAAAAAUAUCAACAGAUUUGAAAAAACAGUUGAAAUAUACCAGCAGGCUGUCAGUAUUUCUCUCGCAGGUGGAGGUGAAAAAUCAAUUGAAAGACAUGUAAAACGACAUGGAAAAAUGGUGAUAACAGACAGAUUAAAAUCCUUGUUUGAUGAUGAGUACCUUGAACUAUCUCUUAUUGGUGGCAUUGGAAUGGAAUAUGGACAUAUUCCACGUGCAAAUGCUUUGACAGCAAUAGGUAAAGUCAUGGGAAGAUACUGCUUAGUGUUGGCUAAUGAUGGGGCUUUCAAAGGUGGCUCCAUUUAUCCAGUAACUCUUAAAAAGCAACUUAGAGCUCAAGAAAUUGCAGAACAGAACCGUCUGCCUUGUAUUUAUCUUGUAGAUUCUGCUGGUGCCUUUCUUCCUCUACAGUCUGAGAUCUUUAACCUCGGUGGCAGAGCCUUUUAUAAUGAAGCUGUCAUGUCGGCAGCCAAAAUCCCUCAGAUUGCCAUCGUCUGUGGUAGCUGCACAGCUGGAGGUGCCUACAUUCCAACCAUGGCAGACGAGGCAGUGAUCGUACACAAGACAGGGACCAUUUUCUUGGGCGGCCCACCCUUGGUGCAGGCAGCACUGGGGGAGAUUGUUUCUGCUGAGGAUUUGGGUGGUGCUACAUUGCAUUGUGGUACAAGUGGAUGCACUGAUUAUUUUGCUGAAAAUGAAGCUGAUGCAUUACGCCUUGGUCGGGAUAUUGUUGCUAGUCUAAAUGUUACAUGCAAUGACGCACUUGAUUCACAUAAGUAUGAUGAGCCUCUUUUUGAUGUUGAAGAGCUUCCAGGAAUUAUUCCCGCACCCCACAAUCACCAUAAGAUUGAUAUGUACAAAAUAAUUGCACGUAUUGUUGAUGGUAGCAGAUUUCAUGAAUUUAAAAGUAUGUUUGGCACGUCAAUGCUGACUGGCUUUGCUCACAUAAAAGGCCAUCUUGUGGGAAUAAUAGCCAGUCAAGGAGAGAUAAUGGAAAGAGAAGCAUCCAAGGGAGCUCACUUUGUUCAACUAUGCUGCCAGAGAGACAUCCCUUUGGUGUUUUUACAAAACACAAGUGAGAGUAGCCUUUCACAGUCAAAUACUAAAGAGACAGCUAUUGUCAACAGUGUAUCUUUGAAAUCACAAGCUCGAAUGCUGGCAACUGUGAGCUGUGCUUCAGUCCCAAAAAUUACAGUCAUUGUGGGGAAUGGAUUUGGCCAUGAGCAUUAUAUAAUGGGAGGCCGUGCUGUUAGUCCAAACUUUUUAUUUGCUUGGCCAAAUGCAAGAGUGGCCACAAUGGAGCCAACAAAGCUGGCCAGGGCAGUGGCAGAGGAAUCAGAUGAGUUCAAACAGAAAGAAGAGUUUGAGAAAUUAGUCGAGAAACAUCACAGAGAAUCAUCAGCCAUAUUUGGGGCCACGAGGAUUCUAAAUGAUGGCAUUAUUUUACCACAGGAAACUCGUAAGGUUUUGUCAGAGUGCCUGUCUAUAUGCAAAGCUUACAGACAACCUGUCAGCCAAGACUAUCCUGUGUUGAGAAUGUAAUGUUAUUCCUGAGAUGUAUAAAGAAUAAUUUGUUGU